AUGCAGGAUGCGCAUCUGUCAACUAUCUCCAGCGACGGAUCAUCAGCGGACGGCAAUGCAGCGACGACGGAUCCCUACAAAGACAGUCGCCCAGGCACACCGGACCUCGAGCAUGCCUCGUCACAUCCGGCAAGCAAGGUACCCGAUACCCAAAGCUCAGCACAACAAUCUGCAGGCUGGUUCACGCCCCAAGUUGUGUCUUCAGCCGCACCAUAUACCCGACAGCAAAAGAUCAAGAUGGCAUCCAAGCAGCUUCUGACCGUUCAGUCACCCAACUUCGAUUUUGACACCGACGCCAAGAUCAAGGCCACUUGGCUUGGUCAUGCUGGGGUUCUCGUACAGCUGCCUGCACUCGGUACGGAAGGUCAGCCGAUUCGUGUACUUUUCGAUCCCAUCUUUUCUCAGCGCUGCUCGCCUACCCAGGUCGCCGGCCCCAUCCGUUCCUACCCCGCACCUUGCCCCGUCUCGAGCCUGCCGCCUAUCGAUCUGGUCAUCAUCUCGCACAACCACUACGAUCACCUUGACUACGACACCAUUCGACAACUCUGGGCUGCCAACAAGGAUCGCAUCCGCUUCAUCGUUCCUCUGGGUAACAAGGAUUGGUUCCUUGGUGCCAACGCCGGCACCGAGGCGGAGCUGCAGCCGACAACACCGUCCGCGCCGACCCCAUCCUCGUCGUCCUGGUCAUUGGCUCCAUCAGCAGUCACAACUGCCACGACUACCUCGAAUUUGUCCAUACCGCCGGAGAGGGUCACCGAACUGGAUUGGUGGGACGAGGUGCUUCUGAGACAGCCCGGUGACGACGACGCCGCUUUGCGAGUCGUUUGCACACCAGCGCAGCACGGUUCCGGUCGGUACGGUGUCGAUGCGAAUUGCGCCUUGUGGUCAUCAUGGUUCCUUGAACAUCCUGGCACGGCUUCGGCUGAAUUCUCCACCAAAAUCUUCUUCGGCGGCGAUACGGGGUGUCAAUUCCAUGGUGCAUCUUGGCCACCUUCGCCUCCACGACCUGUGGAGAGCGACACACCUUCAGUUGACGCUACGCCAGCUUCCGAGACCAGCUCCAUCGGCGACGACGCCACGCUUCCGGGCUUCCCCCCCAGAACUGCCCCGACCUACCGCGGAGGCAUGCGUCUCGGAUCGGAUGACGACGAGGUGAAUCCAUAUCCCGCCUGUCCCGCGUUCGAAGAGAUCGUCACCCGUCUCGGUGCACCUGAUUUCUUCAUGCUGCCCAUCUCGGUCGGAGCGACGAUCUCGUUCCUGCGAUCCUACGUUCCACUUCCGGACAGCUUGUCUCCCUUCCCGCGCAUCUCGUCCGGCCUGACAGCUGCCAACCACAUGCCGCCCUGGGACGCGGUAGGCAUCUUCGACAAGAUGACGGCAGAUCUAGCCGGCAGCGCCGUGUGCAUGGCGAUACACUGGGGAACGUUCAUCUCCGGUCCAGAGGAGGUGCUCAAGACACUGGGCCAGUUGAAGUGGGCUUGCGUACAGCAUGGCGUCGACUUUGCGAGGUCGCAGGAGACGAUGCAUGACGGCAAGGGGAAGGGUCAGAAGACGUUUGUCGCCCUCAACCACGGUGCCAGUAUUACUCUUUAG